UGCAUUUGAACAUACGUGAGCACAAAUGGCAUUUCAGCCGGGUGGACCUUUACGCGGACUACUUCCUCCUCAAUCCAAGCGGCGCGGCUGGAAGCUGGGAGAGGCACCGGGCGGCGGAUGAGCACCUCGCAAUUCCGAGGGAGCUGUGCGACUUGCCGGCUGCUUCCAUUUGUGCUCCACGCCGCCACUUCACUUCAUUGAGCACAAAUUGGGGGAAUUAAAGCGUAAUUGGGGCACAUAACUCUUUAUUUGGAAGAUUGUCAAAGCCACCGUGAAAGAGAGAGACGUAUAUAAGUUUGGAGCUCGGCGGAGGAACGAGGCACGCAGGUACAACGGCACUGUUGUGUCGACUCGCAACUCGGAGUAAACGUUACUAAUGUAACGCGGAGGUGCUAGCCUCCUCCGCGAGCUAAGUGGCUAACGCUAGCAUCCCAACUAUUAGACGAAUAGUACACACGCCGGACUCGGAAGGAGGACUGCGAGCGCCCACGCUUUGAAAAUAAAUAUCCACUUCUUGCGAGGCCACCAAACACCUCGAAGGAAAAGAAAUGGAGUUGAUUAUGUGAAAAGGAGCGACUCUCUCCGGACUUCCGCGAGAGUCGCUCGCUGCCGGGGCGACCGACGUUCGAGCGUGGCGAAAACAAAAGGGACGGACUCGUGUUUGGCACCCGAAGCGCAAACCGAGAGCUCACUCGGCUGUUCAAAGGCCCUGGGGCGCAAUUGGGGAAGUAGAGCCCAAAGUCAUUGCAUCGGGCGUUAAUUGCGGGGUAACCGAUGAAGCAAGCUCUGCGCUGGUGUCUUGCGAAACCAUGCCCUCGGUGAUGGAGCGCUCCGGGGCCGCCGGCGUGCUGUCCCGGAGCCGGACCAAGACGGUAACCAACGGCAACAGCCAACCGCAUUCCGAGGAGGAGAGCAGCGACGAGGAGCACGCUCACGACAGCAUGAUCCGAGUGGGAGGAGACUACCAGGCCCAGAUCCCGGAUUUUAAACCAGACAUCCCGGCACGUUACGCUGAGAAGGAGCAGAGGAGCAUGUUGGUGUGGCGUCCCAACAGUCAGCUGUCGGAUGCCAUGCUGGAUAAAUACAUCCUGAUGGCGAAAGAAAAACAUGGCUACAACAUGGAGCAGGCCCUGGGCAUGCUGCUGUGGCACAAGCACGAUGUGGAGCGCUCGCUGGCCGACUUGGCCAACUUCACGCCCUUCCCCGACGAGUGGACGGUGGAGGACAAAGUGCUGUUCGAACAGGCCUUCAGCUUCCACGGGAAGAGCUUCCACCGCAUCCAGCAGAUGCUUCCUGACAAGCUGAUCUCCAGCCUGGUGAAAUACUACUACGGCUGGAAGAAGACACGAACCAGAACCUCCGUCAUGGACCGGCAGGCCAGGAGGCUGGUGAGCAAGAGGGAGAAAGACGAUAGCAAUGAUGAACCCGAGGAAGGAGAGCCCGGCAGCGACAGCGACUUAGAGCUUGAUGCCAAGAAGGAGGCAGCCAAACAGAACUCCAACGGCGCCGCCUCGGACAAGGUCGUCCCCGGUCGCUCCGGCCCGAUCAAGAAGGAGAACAUCGGGGCUCAGUACCGCCACCACCCGCUCCGAGCGCGCCGCCGGCCGCCCAAGGGCAUGCACCUGGAGCGGGCCGACAUCACGUCGCUGUCCGCCUCGCACGACUCCGGCGUGCUGACCAUAAGACAGCUGGACGCACAGCUGGUGUCGCUCAAGCGACAGGUCCAAAGUAUUAAACAGAACAGCAGCAGUUUGAAACUGAGUCUGAACGGAGGCGUCGACACUUUCAGACCCACUGAGCCCGCCCCCAAGAUGAACGCCCGCUGGAGUACAGAAGAGCAGCUGCUGGCCGUGCAAGCGAUCCGCCGCUACGGCAAAGACUUUCCAGCCAUUGCCGACGUGAUUGGAAACAAGACGUCUGCUCAGGUGAGCUCGUUCUUCGUGAGCUACCGCCGCAGGUUCAAUCUGGACGAGGUGCUGAGGGAGUGGGCCGCCGAGCAGGUGGCCGUCCGAGACCUGAGGAGGAGCGGCGAAGAGGCGGUGGCUGCGUCAGAAGGGGCAGCGGAGGAGGAAGAGGUCAGGACGGAGGACUCGUCUUCAGAUGCGGCCGGGGGCUCCUCGCCCCGCUCCUCCGCCCGGACCCCCUCGUCGCUGUCCCAGCCUCCCCCGCUGCUGCGCCCGGCGCCGCCCUCGGCCCCGCCCGGCCUCCUGCGCCAGCCUCCGCCGCUGCAGACCCGCCCGCUGCAGAACCGUGCCCCUCACAACCACCCGCCGCCGCCCCUCAUCCGGCCCGCCGUCACCUCCUCGUCCGGUAGCUCCGUCCUCAGGGCUUCUCCUCCCGGUUGCUCGCCGCCGUCGCUGGUGGGGAUCAAGGUGGAGCAGGCCAACUCUCACUAGGAGAAAAGUAGCAAGAGGGUGGCACAUUUUCAGUACAUUUCCCAAACGUUUUGAUGAAUUUCAAUGGUAAAUGAAGCUGGAAAUAUUCCACAUUGGAAACUUUCCAUGGGAAUUAAUGUGAAUUGAGAAUAAUUUAAGUGUAAAUAUAAACAUUUGUUUUGUCAGAAGCAGAUGUAGAUUGCCUACAUCUGAGCGUGUAACAUAACCUUCAUUCCUUUGGUUUUGUUUUGCUGCUUUACUUGAGCGGCGUUUCGCAAAUUUUUGCUUACAACACGACGCAAAGAAAUUGACCAAGUGACCGGUUGAAGUCAAAAAACUCAAAGGUUGGUGCACUUGGAACAAAAACUCCUCAAAAUAAAACCAAGCGCACAACUCAACUGUCAGCAGGAGGUUUGAUUUGAGGUAGGAGCAGAAAAAGUCUCACCAGCACAUUUGUCUCUUAAGCUGAUAGCGAGGAGAGCGUCUUCAUCGGACGAACUGUAACUAUAAAGGCUUUCUCACCAGUGUGUGUUCCUAAUUUUUCCUUCUCAUGGAAUAUGUUAUUUAUUCAGCAUUAUGCUAAAAUAUGAACUAUAUUUAAGUUUCCUAUGUCAAGCCAACCCGUUUGGUAAAUUCCUGAUUUAUUCUCAUAAAAUCCCAUUGAAAGUUUCCUGGAUUUCCUGGAAUUUUGCAACCCUAAAUCACACGUUUUCACAGCGUCUUGUGAAUGAACACUACAGUCCAAAAUGUCAGCUCUUAAGUGUUUAUAUUCAAUCUGCACUGUCACACCUACCUCCAACACACACACACACACACACACUUUUAAAAUGUCAAAGCCCCAAACAGGACCUGUGCCCCGGCGGUUCGAGCAGCUUUUUGCGUUACAACUUGAACCCUCGACGAGGAAAAAGCGGGUACAAUGUUGAGCCACUUGGAAAAGCCUUUCAGGGUGGGAUGACGUUUCGACCACGUCCCACUGGUAUGGACUACAAUGACGGCGAGCUCGAGGAUAGCGAAUAGUUGCAGUUUGUGAAUAUUCUUAAAGACUAAGCACUAAGGGAGUCUUUUGUGUGUGAGUCGUCUUCCCUCGCAACUUAUUCAGCCACAGUCAGUUGUCGCUUUAAGAGCACAAAUAAGGAAACCAAAGACUGAGUUUCUUAUGACAGCUGCUAUGAUGUUUUGCUACAGUAACCUUAAUCCAAAUUGUUGCAGUGAAUCUGGUGCAUUUUGAUUGGUUAGCAGGCCUGGCCGGGCCAGGGCUGACAGUCACGUGACUGCCGCCACCGUUCACAAGUCGCUUCUCCCUCCACGUUUGGCGUUAAAGCUGGCGUGCCUUUCAUUCCUUUUUCAUUUUCACGCAAAGAAAAAAAUGCUUGUACGUCCUGUAUGUGAGAAAUUGUUUACAUUUGCCUUUGGUUUUUUUUUUCUAGAAUAAAGAAAUGACCGCA